AUUCACCACUUUAAGUCACCAAAUCCAUCCUACCUCCACAAGGCAAAUACCCUUUCUCUGCUACCAUCCACUGAAGAACCCCAGAAGCAAAUGUGUACUGACCCUGCCCUGCUUAAAAUUCUCUCAGGGAUCUGAUUUGCGUCAGGAUAAAAUCCAAACGCCAUUGGCCUUGCGCGGUUUUCUUCCAGUUCCUGAGUGCCAGUCUUCUGGCCGAUCUGAAAGCCCUGGGGCUCCAAGCUGCCCACGGCUGUAGAGCCUAGGCUUGAGCCCACAGCGGACGGCAGUGUUAGGAUUAUUACAAUAAAUGUCAAAGCAAGAAAAACGUUCCGGCCAGUUAGGUUUUGUUAUUUCAAAAGCAACAAAAUAAGUGAACCGCCUUUCCUCCGGCGGAGACACGCAGGCGACAAGGGCGGCGCCUGACCUAGCAGGCUCUAGGUGUUACGCCAGGGCCCCCAGGCGUCCAAAUUCGGCUUGCCCACACAAAACAUGGCGGCAGGAGAGCAGCGUUUCCGCCGGGCAUGUCCACAUCCAACGGGGCCCAUGGGAGAGGCGUAGUCUUCUGUGUCUUGCCCAGACUCAACAUGGCGGCUACAAGGCGCCUGAACUAGUCUGCGAAGCCUACCCCAGGCGUGGGCCGCAGCGUCGACUAACGUCAUUCGAGCCGCGUCGCACCCCUUUGUGCGUCACGGGUGGCGGGCGCGGGAAGGGGAUUUGGAUUGUUGCGCCUCUGCUCUGGAGAAAGUGCUGUCUGGCUCCAACUCCAGUUCCUGUCCUUGACCAGCGCCUGCAACCUAACCCUUCCUACUCUGUCACCUUCUUGAUCCCGCCGGCGCUUUAGAGCCGCAGUCCAGUCUCCGAUCCUUCAGAGCCUCAUCCACUAGCUGCGAUGCAUGUGAUCAAGCGAGAUGGCCGCCAAGAGCGAGUCAUGUUUGACAAAAUUACAUCUCGAAUCCAGAAGCUUUGUUAUGGACUCAAUAUGGAUUUUGUUGAUCCUGCUCAGAUCACCAUGAAAGUAAUCCAAGGCUUGUACAGUGGGGUCACCACAGUGGAACUAGAUACUUUGGCUGCUGAAACAGCUGCAACCUUGACUACUAAGCACCCUGACUAUGCUAUCCUGGCAGCCAGGAUUGCUGUCUCUAACUUACACAAAGAAACAAAGAAAGUGUUCAGUGAUGUGAUGGAAGACCUCUAUAACUACAUAAAUCCACAUAAUGGCAAACACUCUCCUAUGGUGGCCAAGUCAACAUUGGAUAUUGUUUUGGCUAAUAAAGAUCGCCUGAAUUCUGCCAUUAUCUAUGACCGAGAUUUCUCUUACAAUUACUUUGGCUUUAAGACGCUAGAGCGGUCUUAUUUGUUGAAGAUCAAUGGAAAAGUGGCUGAAAGACCACAACAUAUGUUGAUGAGAGUAUCUGUUGGGAUCCACAAAGAAGACAUUGAUGCAGCAAUUGAAACAUAUAAUCUUCUUUCUGAGAGGUGGUUUACUCAUGCUUCUCCCACUCUCUUCAAUGCUGGUACCAACCGCCCACAACUUUCUAGCUGUUUUCUUCUGAGUAUGAAAGAUGACAGCAUUGAAGGCAUUUAUGAUACUCUAAAGCAGUGUGCAUUGAUUUCUAAGUCUGCUGGAGGAAUUGGUGUUGCUGUGAGUUGUAUUCGGGCUACUGGCAGCUACAUUGCUGGGACUAACGGCAAUUCCAAUGGCCUUGUACCGAUGCUGAGAGUAUAUAACAACACAGCUCGAUAUGUGGAUCAAGGUGGGAACAAGCGUCCUGGGGCAUUUGCUAUUUACCUGGAGCCUUGGCAUUUAGACAUCUUUGAAUUCCUUGAUUUAAAGAAGAACACAGGAAAGGAAGAGCAGCGUGCCAGAGAUCUUUUCUUUGCUCUUUGGAUUCCGGAUCUCUUCAUGAAACGAGUAGAGACUAAUCAGGACUGGUCUUUGAUGUGUCCAAAUGAGUGUCCUGGUCUGGAUGAGGUUUGGGGAGAAGAAUUUGAGAAACUAUAUGAAAGUUAUGAGAAACAAGGUCGUGUCCGCAAAGUUGUAAAAGCUCAGCAGCUUUGGUAUGCCAUCAUUGAGUCUCAAACAGAAACAGGCACCCCGUAUAUGCUCUACAAAGAUUCUUGUAAUCGAAAGAGCAACCAGCAGAACCUGGGAACCAUCAAAUGCAGCAACCUGUGCACAGAAAUAGUGGAGUACACCAGCAAAGAUGAGGUUGCUGUUUGUAAUUUGGCUUCCCUGGCCCUGAAUAUGUAUGUCACAUCAGAACACACAUAUGACUUUAAGAAGUUGGCUGAAGUCACUAAAGUCGUUGUCCGAAACUUGAAUAAAAUUAUUGAUAUAAACUACUAUCCUGUACCAGAGGCAUGCCUAUCAAAUAAACGUCAUCGUCCCAUUGGAAUUGGGGUACAAGGUCUGGCAGAUGCUUUUAUCCUGAUGAGAUACCCUUUUGAGAGUGCAGAAGCCCAAUUACUAAAUAAGCAGAUCUUUGAAACUAUUUAUUAUGGCGCCCUGGAAGCCAGCUGUGACCUUGCCAAGGAGCAGGGCCCAUACGAAACCUAUGAGGGCUCUCCAGUUAGCAAAGGAAUUCUUCAGUAUGAUAUGUGGAAUGUUACUCCUACAGACCUAUGGGACUGGAACCUUCUCAAGGAGAACAUUGCAAAGUAUGGUAUAAGAAACAGUUUACUUAUUGCCCCGAUGCCUACAGCUUCCACUGCUCAGAUCCUGGGGAAUAAUGAGUCCAUUGAACCUUACACCAGCAACAUCUAUACUCGCAGAGUCUUGUCAGGAGAAUUUCAGAUUGUAAAUCCUCACUUACUGAAAGAUCUUACUGAGCGGGGCCUAUGGCAUGAAGAGAUGAAAAACCAGAUUAUUGCAUGCAAUGGCUCUAUUCAGAGCAUACCAGAAAUUCCUGAUGAUCUGAAGCAACUUUAUAAAACUGUGUGGGAAAUCUCUCAGAAAACCGUUCUCAAGAUGGCAGCUGAGAGAGGUGCUUUCAUUGAUCAAAGCCAAUCUUUGAAUAUCCACAUUGCUGAGCCUAACUAUGGCAAACUCACUAGUAUGCACUUCUACGGCUGGAAGCAGGGUUUGAAGACUGGGAUGUAUUAUUUAAGGACAAGACCAGCGGCUAAUCCAAUCCAGUUCACUCUAAAUAAGGAGAAGCUAAAAGAUAAGGAAAAGGUAUCAAAGGAGGAAGAAGAGAAGGAGAGGAACACAGCAGCCAUGGUGUGCUCUUUGGAGAAUAGAGAUGAAUGUCUGAUGUGUGGAUCCUGAGGAAAGGCUUGGAAGAGACCAGCAUGUCUUCAGUAGCCAAACUACUUCUUGAGCAUAGAUAGGUGUAGUGGAUUUUGCUUGAGGUGGUAAGGCUUUGCUGGACCCUGUUGCAGGCAAAAGGAAUAAUUGAUUUAAAGUACUGUUAUGAUGAUAAUGAUUUUUUUUUUUAAACUCAUAUAUUGGAAUUUUCACCAAAAUGAUGCUUUUGAAAAAAAGAAAAAAAAAAAAAACAGAUAUAUUGGGAAUCACAGUAGAAGUUUUAGGAAUGCAAUAAGUCUUCUUGCAUACAGGGAGUGAUUAAGUAAAGUUUCAUCACCCCUUUAGCACUGAUUUUCUGAUGACUUCAGUUUUGUUAAGGAGAUUUAGUUUUACUGCUUUGACUGGUGGGUCUCUAGAAGCAAAACUGAGUGAUAACUCUUGAGAAGUACUGAUAGGACCUUUAUUUGGAUAUGGUCCUAUAGGUUAUUCUGAAAUAAAGCUAAACAUUUCUAAGUGA